CCAUUUCCACCCCUCCCCCGCUGGCAGAAACGGCCCCUUCCCCAUCUGCCGUCCGCCGUCCGCUUCUCUGGCACACCCGCACCGUUUUACCCACCCAUAGGCCCCCGAUCCCUGUUCUCUUCCCACCGACCCUGCUCUGUCCGCUCUCCGCCUCCCCCCUCCCUUGCCUUCCCCUCCCCAAAAUGCUUCCAUACAGCCAGAAACCAUCGUCGCAGGCAAGAGACCCUGCAUGGCCGUCGACACACUACCAGACCCUUCCCAACUCGUCCUCGCAGGUGCCGCGUCAGCUCGACCCGGCGUUCCUGUCGUCCGGCUACAGCUCCCAGUAUCAUACCAAUCCGCAUAGCCACACCCAACAGCAGCAGCAGCAGCAACAGCAGCACCAGCAGUCGCAACAGCCGCUGCCACAACAGCAUCAGCAGCACUAUCCGCCUGCCUACCAGAAUCUGUCGUCCAACUACCAUGCCACCACGGCCUUCCAGCCCGCCCAUGCCUCCGCCGUCUCCUCCUCCUCGAGAUCGCAUGUCGCUGCCCAUGUCGCCGCGCCAUCCGCAGGCGUCUCGGUCCACCAUUCGGCCUCGUCCCUGGAUAUACCCCUCUCGACGACGCAAUUCGUCAAUUCGCUGUCGCUGUCACAAUCGUCCUUCGAGCUGCCAACAUUUCCGCCGGCCCCCCAGCUCCCGAGUCCCUUCCGUGCCUCGAAUCCGUCCUAUUUCGCCGGCUCAAAGCCGCUCUCGAUCCAGACCACCCCGGAGCCCACCACCCUCCCGUCUCGCCUGUGGUCCCAUGGCGCCGUCGUCGGCGCUCAUCUGCCUACGACACUGUCGGCCUCUGGAGCGCACCAGCAUGCCAGCGCCUCGCAUUCCUUUGCCAGCCCCGUCGGCGGCCUCACCAGCAUAGCCAGCCUCAGCCAUCGUGCUCCAAGCCAUGAUCAGAUCACUUAUUCGGCCUCGCCCCAUGAUGAUGUCGAUCAAGCCCUCGGCUUCCUGCCCAAUACCGCUGCCAACCUGAACUCUGUCUAUUUCAAUUCCUCCGUCGAGCAUGUCAAAAAGUAUACAUCCCUCCAGGAGCCUGUCCGCGCCCUGGACAGCCGGCUGCGGACUCUGGUCAAUACCACCCUUCCCCAGAACGUCUGCACCGGCUACCUGCCCUCGCCCGCCCCCAUCGGCACCGGCUCGACCCUGCACGACCACUUUGACUCCUCGUACAGCUCGCUCUCCUACGAUGCUCUGCGCUCGCCAAACUCGAAUAUCCAAAGCCCGUGCGAACCCCACGGCAAAGCGCUCCCGCUCAGCCACCUGCCAGGUAGCACCUCCUCUUUCUUCCCCGACACCGUCGGCGCCAUGGACGACCCCGCUGCCAUGCGCGUCAGCGACAGCGUCAAGAGCCGCCGCAAGAACGGUACCCUCGAAAAGUCCGCGAGUUGCAAAAAAUGCAACAAGAACCUUGCCGUCCUGGUCCUCCAUGGCUCGUGGCCGUCGCUGGAAGUGCCCCACAAGAUCGAUAUUCUGUGUCUCCAAUGCGACGACUUUGUGCCCAGCCCGAGUUUCUCGCCGUCCGAGUCGUCGCUCGUCAGUCCCACGGGGGAAACUACUCGGAAGCGCAAGCAAAUCGACGAGGCACACCAGCCUGUGGACUGCGACGUCUGCAAGCGAAACGUCGGCCGUGGAGGCGUCCGAUGCAUCGAUUCUGGAUAUGAGCACCGUGAUGAGUGGGUCAAGCCUUCGUUUGGUACUGAGGUUGUUUGUGCUGCGUGCUCAGACAAAUACCGCUUUUGCACGGACUGCGGCGGCGGUGGCCACUGGCGCACCGGCAAAUGGCGCCCCGCUGAAAUGUUCUCCAAGGGCCGCCGCACAUGCUGCCUGAACCAUUUGCGGAUAGGCGACUCGACGGUCGAGAACCGGUUCUGGGUCACGCCGGUUGCAAGCUCAGAUGCACCUGAAAUCCUCGGCAUGGUCAAGGAGCUCUUUGGUCAGAUCGGUCUCUCCUGCCUUGGCCAGCCCCGCACCAUGGAGCGCUUUGAGCCCUUCGACACCUUUGCCAAGAUCCAGCACCGGAUUACCUACAUGUUUGAGCACGAGAUAACCCCGGUUCUCACCGUGCCCAUCCCCAACGUUGUGACGUUUUCCGGCGUGGCCUUCAUUCCCUCACCCAAACCGCGCAAGCACAAGCGCAAUCUGAGCCGCAAGAGCUGGAAUCCCGAUGCAGCUGUUGCCGCCGUUAGCCAAAUCGCUGGCGCCUUUUGCAUCGUGCGAUGGCGCCAAAUGGAAGGCACCCUCCAUCUGAGCCACCGAUUCGACCGCAAGCACGAAGACCCCCACGGCAUGAUGCUUUCGCUGCUCCAUGAGAUCACCAUGAUGACUGUCAAGGCCCAGACCGAUUCCGAGGCCCGAGGCGACCACUACCCGCCGUGCAAAUACGUUUGGUUCACUCGUCGCCGCCAGACCAAACUGCCCAACGACGGCAAGCCCUCGCACUCGCUGCCCCGCGAAAAGACCUUCAACGAGCACCGGCGCGACGGCGGCGGGCGAGUCGGCUACGACGAUGAGGCUCUGAACGAUCCCUACAUCGCCUCCUACUGCCGGCUGGGAUUCAAAGAGAUUUCCGAGUUUGAAAACGACCACCCCGAUGUGCGCCAGUUUGUGUUUAACGAUGAGUUCCGCUCGCCGGACAUUGGCUCACAGCUGGAUCUCUAUGUCAUGGAAAUGGCCCUGUUCCCUGCUGCCGUCAAGAAUGCCUACAAGAAGGACCUGGAGAAGAAGGAAAAGGCCCGUCGACGCGAGCAAAAGGAGCGGGCCAGCCAUGCAACCGCCGCCCACCCGUAGCCAUGUCCCGCUGCUCGCUGUCCUUCCGUCCCCGCCGUCUAUACUGUUCUCUCC